AUGACUCCAAGCGUACCUCACAUUGCGGGCCAGCUCCGACAACUGGUGUAUUAUCACCUUGAUAACAACCUUUUGAAGAAUGCCCUCUUCCUUGCCGCUCGUCUAGUCGCCUACGAGCCACGAUCGACCGAAGCAGCAUACUUGCUCUCAUACUGCCAGUACCAAUCUGGAUUCGUCAAAGCUGCUUGGGACACUAGUCGAUCUGCAGGUCUAAGAGGAUCACAUCUGGGAUGCAGCUAUGUCUUUGCGCAAACCUCACUUGAAUUAGGGAGAUACCUUGACGGUCUCACGGCACUGGAGAAGAGCAGACACCUAUGGCAGAACAGAAAUACCUGGGGUCAACACAACGAGACAAGACGACAGCAUCUCCCCGAUGCUGCAGCAGUCUUGUGCCUGAAAGGGAAGUUAUGGAAGGCUCAUAAGAAUGUCGACGAGGCAGUGGAAUGUUGGGCCGCGGCGUUGAAGUUAAAUCCUUUUAUGUGGGAUGCUUUCAUGGGACUUUGCGAUGCCGGUGCCAAAGUCAGCAUUCCUAAUAUCUACAAGAUGUCUGCGGAAAUGAUAGCCAUGGUCCAUCUGUCCCAGCAACAAACGGCAAAGAUUGAGAACCUAUCAGCAGCCACCACCGAGAAGACCUCGGUUUCGAACCAUGUCUCUCAGCCCAAUGGAAACAGCCAUCCACCAGACCCCUUCGUGUCAGCACGGAAACAAAAUGGAAACUUGCAACAAGGUAGCUCUGUUCUUUGGGAAAAGCUGAAUGGCAGUAAAGUGAGCGUCAAUACUGGAAGUACCGUCUUGGACGAGGAAGGCCUGAACACUCCUGCAGAAGCAGAGACGGAAGAAGGUGUCCUGCGAGGCGGAGCCGUCCAUCAAUAUCAUGAGCCACCUCCGGCUCCAAUGAGAAAAGCAAAGAGUGCGGCCGAAGCUCCUACGGACCCUCCUCCUAGGUGGAAGACCGGAUCCACACGAAUGAAGACGAAAAACAAAAGCAACUCUGAUGACACUACGGUUUUGCAGGACCCUCCACCACCGUCGGCACCUUCUAAGAGAACUGUUUCUGGUCAACCGGCUCCUACGAAUCACGCGCAGUCAAGUACUACUGAAGGGACAAGAAGAAGUAAUCGGCUUCUCAAUACCACCAGACCACCGAGUACCAGCGGUACAGCAGGAAACAAGAUGUCAUCGUUGGCAAACACACUGGGUCUACGAGAAGGACGAGAUAUCAAGAAAGCCAAAGCCCCAGCGGUGAGAGGUCGCACGGCCAAUGCUUCUACUGUGGGGAGAGUCGUCAGUGGAAAUCGAACUAGGACGGGAUCAGCAGACACCAUGGACGUUGAUUCCAAAGACCCGAAAACGGUUGCCAAUGCUCCCCCAGCGCCACCGCUCCCCAAUCAUAAGACCAGAGUUGAGUCGGCCGUCAAUAAGGAUCUGGAAGCAGUUCAGAGUCUUUUGGACCUCUUUGGAAGAAUCGCAUCAGCUCAACUGUGUUUGUCAAAUUACGACUGUCAAACCGCCAUUCAGAUCUACAAUUCUCUUCCGUCGGCACUACGAGAGACACCGUAUAUCCUGGCUCAGAUUGGUAAGGCAUAUUAUGAGCAAGCGUCAUAUGCCGAAGCAGAGAAAUUCUUCAUUCGAGUGAGAUCAAUAGCACCCACUCGUCUAGAAGACAUGGAGGUAUAUUCCACGGUUCUGUGGCAUUUAAAGUCGGAAAUUGAGCUUGCGUACUUGGCUCAUGAACUUAUCGAGGUCGAUAGACUGUCACCUCAAGCAUGGUGUGCCAUUGGCAAUUCGUUUUCGCUCCAACGUGAGCAUGAACAAGCUCUGAAAUGUUUCAAACGCUCUACGCAACUUGACCCUCAAUUUGCGUACGGCUUUACUUUGCAAGGCCACGAGUAUAUCGCCAACGAAGAGUUUGAGAAGGCCCUUGAAGCUUAUCGAGCCGCAAUUGCUGCGGAUGGUCGUCAUUAUAAUGCCUGGUACGGCCUCGGCAAGGUCUAUGAGAAGAUGGGCAAAUGGGCAGUCGCCGAACAGCAUUAUCGAACCGCGGCCAAGAUCAACCCUACGAAUGCAGUACUCAUCUGUUGCAUUGGCUUGGUCCUUGAGAAAUUGAAGAAUCCUGAACAUGCUUUGCAGAUGUAUACUCGAGCAUGUAGUCUGGCGCCUGGCAGUGCGUUGAGUCGAUUCAAAAAGGCCAGAUGUCUCAUGAGCCUUGGACGACCUCGAGAGGCGUUGACCGAACUACUCAUAUUGAGAGAUGUGGUCCCGGAUGAAGCAAACGUGUGGUUCUUGAUGGGUCGGCUCUACAAGACUCUUCGACAGAAAGGCGACGCUGCUGCACAAUUCAUCAAGGACGCAAUGGAAAGUCUUGACGACAUCGAUGAAGAUAUGGAUUAA